GCCAAAUGCCCAAAAAUGUCAUGUCCGAAUAACAUAGCGCCCGGUAACUUCCUGAUGGAUUCCUUAAUGGGAGGAUCAUCUUCCUUCAGGGGUGAGGGUUAUUCCAGCAGCCCCGGGAUGUACAUCCACACAGCUGCAGAGUACGGAUAUUCAGUGAUGAGAAACAUUGGCAAGAUUGGACCAUCUUCACUCUCCAAAAGAGACGACGGAGCAGCGGGCGGUGCUCCGCUCAGCGGCUUCCAGGAUGGGCCCUACCUGUCAGCUCAGCUGGCCACAUGGACGCCAGCCUCUAAAAGCAGCAGGGACGAACAACCUGUUGCCCAGUGUUUACAACCCUGCUCGUUUCCAGCGGGUAACGUCAAAGAGGAGGCGUUUUGUUGCCUCUAUCAGGAUGACAGCAAUAAGGGGAAACAGACAACAGAGUCGGCCACUUACAUCCGGCUGGGGGACAACAAUAGCUGCCGGCCUCAGCAAACUGCCGCCCCGGCCAGCGGCUGUUUCCAGGUGUUGAGCGGAGGGAGGCCACAGCAGGAUGACCAGCAGCACUUCCCCUCCGGCUUCUCUCUGACUCAUUUGGCGACAUCUGUUGAAUCAGCACCAGAAUCGACAGUGCGCUGCAGCAAAUCGGCGCGAGGGGUUUCAAAGGCAGAUGAGAGUCAGAGCAGGAAGGAGGAGAAGGCCAAGAGUGACAGCUGCUCAGAAAACUCGGACGGGGAAUCAAAAGAUGAUUUAACGGCGGACAAGACAACGGGAAACUGGUUAAACGCCAAAAGUGGACGGAAGAAGCGCUGUCCCUACACAAAGCACCAGACGCUAGAGCUGGAGAAGGAGUUCUUGUUCAACAUGUAUCUGUCUCGGGAGCGCCGCCUGGAGAUCAGCCGGAGUAUCAACCUGACCGACAGACAGGUCAAGAUCUGGUUCCAGAACAGACGCAUGAAGCAGAAGAAGCUCCACAGGGAGAAGAGUGUAGUUUACAGUUACUCCUGAGAUUAUUUACACACACACACACACACACACACACACACACACA